AUGAGCGCUCCCCCGGCGGCUCCCCCCCGCGCGAAUAUGGGCACAGCCGUGUCCAAAAGGAAGACGCUGAGGAACGAGGCCAUGUCGUCGGUAGCGGCCAAAGUGAGAGCGGCAAGGGCUUUUGGAGAAUAUCUUUCACAAAACCAUCCUGAAGGCAGAAAUGGCUCAGAUCACCUGUUAGCAGACUCCUACAUCGGACAGGAGGACUCCCCUGAGAUGCAGCAGGCAGCACAGAACAAGCGCAGGCUCUCCGUCAUCUCAGACGGCAAGUUUGAGAGGAGCUUCUCUGAGGAGCAGGCAGAGAAGAUGCCAAGCGAGGGACCGAAGCCACGAGUCUACACGAUCUCCGGCGAGAGGCCGAUGCUGUCGGACCAUGAGAAUGAAAGUAUGGAACUGGUGGUGAUGAAGGGGGCUGCCCAAGAGGAAUGCCACCAUGGCCACCAAGUGCACAGUGCUGGCGGCUCUCACGGUGUUAGCAGGCAUUGCAAGGGCUGGCCAGGCAGCCGGCAGGGCUCCAAGGAGUGCCCAAACUGCACCCGGCUGGCUGCCCCUUCCCAGCAUUCCUUUGACCUGGAGCAGCAGCAAUCCAGUGAGACCGGGUGGCACAGAAAAAGGCUGGAGAGGAUGUAUAGUGUUGAUCGAGUGUCUGAUGAUGUCCCCAUACGAACCUGGUUCCCAAAAGAGAACCUCUUCAGUUUUCAAACUGCUACUACAACUAUGCAAGCGGCAUUCAGGGGCUACGCAGAGAGGAAGAGACGGAAACGAGAGAAUGAUUCUGCAGCUGUUAUACAGAGGAAUUUUCGGAAGCACCUCCGCAUGGUGGGGAGCCGAAGGGUUAAAGCACAAACAUUUGCCGAACGGCGUGAGAGGAGCUUCAGCAGGUCCUGGAGUGACCCGACUCCCAUCAAAGCUGAUUCCUUCCAUGACUCUCGAGAAAGCCAUGACCUUCAGGAUUCCUGUGGCACUUUGGAUGGUGACUUUGACUUGAACUGGGAAGCAGAAAAGGAACUUGAAGCCAUGGCAUGUGACGGAGAAGACUUUAUUCCACCAAAAAUAAUGCUCAUUUCUUCCAAGGUGCCCAAAGCAGAGUACGUCCCGACAAUUAUCCGCAGGGACGAUCCCUCUAUCAUCCCCAUUCUCUAUGACCAUGAACAUGCCACCUUUGAUGACAUCCUAGAAGAAAUAGAGAAGAAGCUUAACAUUUAUCGGAAAGGCUGCAAAAUCUGGAAGAUGCUGAUAUUUUGCCAGGGAGGUCCUGGUCACUUGUACUUGUUAAAGAACAAAGUUGCCACUUUCGCCAAAGUGGAGAAGGAGGAAGAUAUGAUCCUCUUCUGGAAGAGGUUGAGCCGGCUAAUGAGUAAAGUCAAUCCUGAACCAAAUAUCAUUCACAUCAUGGGCUGCUAUGUUCUUGGAAACCCCAAUGGGGAGAAGCUAUUUCAGAAUCUGAAAAACUUAAUGAAUCCUUAUAGGGUUGCCUUUGAGUCUCCACUUGAACUAUCAGCUCAAGGUAAGCAAAUGAUUGAGACUUACUUUGACUUCCGCCUUUACCGCCUCUGGAAGACCCGCCAGCACUCUAAACUAUUGGAUUACGAUGAUAUUUUAUGAGCUGGAGAAGACUUUGCAAGAGGAAUUUGAUCACCAGUGUCCAAGAAGUCAUGCUUACCGCAGAGAGACUUUUUUAUUGGCACAGGGAGCCCUUCACAGCCCUAUAGGAGGCAGCAGUGCUAAAGGGAGGGAAGAAGGAGCCCUUGGAAGAGUGUUGGGAGGAAAGUCUCCUGGGUCAAGAGAGACUGGAGGGAAAGGGUUUGACACCUCACUCGCCUCAGGUCAGAGCUGUGGUGUCUCAGGAGGAGCUGUGUGAAACAAGGACAGGAUGGAGUUCCUUGCAGAACUGAGCUGUUUUGGGUCAGAAUGGGCCAGAUUUGAUUCCAGGUCCUUUUAAAGACUUUUGAAGCUCAGGUUUUCUUAACAAAAAAUAAAAUCAAUUACCCAUGCACUACAAUGAAGAAGUGACCAGAGCACAGAGGAAGGAGGGGUUUGUCCUGAUGGGACCUUCUGUGCUGGGAUCUUGGAGAGCAAGGACUGCUACACCUACUCCUGCAAGCUUAGAUCAGACGAUCCAGUUUCGAUGUGAAUAUAUACUGGAAUAUAGAAUUGAAAUCUAACUUUUUGUUUUGUUUAAUAGCAAAUAAGUGCAAUUUUUAUAGCGAGAGGGGUAAAAUCCCUCCCAAUAUUUAAUUAGUUAAAAAUAACACACCAGUAACCAAUAGAUGAGGUAUUUUUGGUCUGCUUGAAAAUAUAUUCAAAAUGGUAAUAUAUCUUCUGUAGACAUAUUUAAUCACCAGCAAACAUGGUUUUAACAUAA